CACUUUUUUGUCAACGCAGGAAGCAGAUCAAUCUUUUUUUUCCUUCUUUUAAAUAGGGCCUAUAUACAGUCGUUUACCUAGUUCCGGAUCACAUUUUCAUUAACGAUUGCUAGCGGUAUAAUCCACGAAGAUACUGUAGGUUUUAAUCGUCUUGUGAGAAGAUCAGAAGUUACUAAAAUGAAAAAUAACAAAAAUUAUUUGGAAAUCGUGAUAAAUAUCACCGGCCUUUGCAUUUUCCAUAACCGUAUCCACGGGCACUGGAAGUUAAUGUAAAUAUAUAGUAUGCACAUACUUCCAGUGCCCGUGACCGUAUCCAUGGGCCAGUUCCGAAUCACACUGCCAGUUCCGAAUCACGGGGAUGUUUGAAACAACUGCAGGCCGAUUCAAACUUUCACUGAACCGAUCCGACUUCCAAUCGGUCCGAAACUUUAAAUCAUAACAUAUAUUAAGUGCAACGGAUCUAUAUACUGUUAAUACAUCGAUCCUUGCUACUAGGUCAUGGUGAUACGUGAGGAUUCAGUUGAUGGGCCAGGCUGCCCACAGAAAACAACAACAGACUGCAGUGAUGAUGAACAAGAAGAAAUGCUGAUAUAUCGGGCAGAGAUCUACCGACUACAAAGCUUCCAAAACUGGCACUCUCAGUCAAUCGUACGGAAAGAAGACUUGGCGAAAAACGGCUUUUACUACCUUGGAGAGAGGGACAGGGUCCGUUGUGUUUUCUGUAAUGUCGUGUUGAGUUGUUGGGAGAACGGAGACAAUGUGGCUGCAGAACACCAGCGGCAUUCAAAGUACUGCCCUUUUGUGUUAGGGAAAAUGACUUCCAAUAUUCCCUACUCUCCAAGCCAAGAUUCACUUUCAGACAUGCAACCGGCCUCUCCUGAAUUUCAAGAUUAUGAUAAGAGACUUGCCUCGUAUGAAAAAUUCUGGCCAAAGGCCAUGAAACAGAGACCAAGAGAAUUAGCAGCCGCUGGUUUGUUUUACACAGAGAAAGGGGAUGCUGUGAAAUGCUUUCACUGUGGGGGGCUGCUACGUAAUUGGGACCCACAGGACAAACCGUGGGAGGAGCAUGCCAGGUGGUUCCCCCGCUGUCUGUUUAUUCGUGAAAACAACCUUAUGUCUCCAGUUCGAGGUCCACUCCAUCGAGAAGUUAGAAAAACCAGAGUUCGUAAGGUUUCCCUAGGAUAUGAUGAGGAGUUAGUAAAAAUGUUUGAAUUAGACAGAAGGCAUCGUGGCUUACCAGAAUGUGAAGAUGAGGAUAUGUUUGUGACUGAAAUAGAAAAGUUCAAAGUUCAACAGGAUACUCAGCCUCCAUCUCGGUCCUCAGACCCACCGGUCACUGAAGUGGAAUGGAAUUAUAAUAACGAAGCAGCAAGAAUAGGUAAUUCUAAUGAACCAAUGGGCUAUGAUGAAGUGGACGUGGGACGACAAAUUUGUGUUAGCUGCAAUAUGACCGACUCCAAGGACAGUCUGACCUUGCAUCCUUGUCAGUGCUCCUGCUGUGUCAAGUGUCUGCCGGAUAUAGAUCAAUGUCCUUCUUGUAAGAUGAAAGUCAAAGCUGCGGCAAAAUCGUCGAUAAAUAGUCAAGAACAGCUUGGCUAAUAUCUGAUGUGUGUUUUUGAAAUGGUGACCAAGAUGGGAGGAACUGUCAAGGAAUGAUAAAUGUUUUUAUACUUGUUCAAGAAAUUUACAAAAAGGAGCAUUUGAUAAUUGACUCUGUUCUUUUAUCACCAAGAUUACAGGUUUCCACUUAUGGAUAAAACUUCUGUUACUGAUGAAUGUAAGAUUGUUUUUAAAUCUUUUGCAUGUACUAUGGAUGUAUGUACAAUUAAAUACACUUUGUUAUAUAUACAUGUA